UUUCACUAUAGACUACUACUAGUUUUUCCAAGCAUGGCUUCUGGAAAUAUUGGGAAUGAUUGGUCUUCCGGCCUCUGUGAUUGCAUCAAAGAUUGCCGUUCCUGUUGCCUUACCUGCUGGUGCCCUUGUAUUACCUUUGGGAGGGUUGCUGAGAUUGUGGAUAAAGGCCAAUCUUCUUGCUGCAAGAUGGGGUGCAUUUUCUGUGUGCUGAAUCUACUCCUGUUGAAUCAUGGGUCCUUGUCGUGGAUUAUUAGCAUGGGCUAUCGCACUAAGAUCAGGCAACAAUACGGUAUUAUGGGAGGCUCAUGCGAAGAUUGUGUCCUUCAUUUCUUUUGCGGGCGAUGUGCCUUGUGCCAAGAGUACCGUGAACUUCAGUUCCAAGGAUAUGAUGUUGGUGCUGGUUGGGAAGCAAAUGCUGCUAAAAAGGCUUAUGGGGUAACUAUGGCUCCAGUUGGAGAAAAGAUGACACGUUAGCUCAAAAGAUCUUCUGAAUUAUGGCCUGAACUCAUUUUCCACCUUCAAUUCGAAAACCUU